UUCACCUCCGGGAAUGAACCGGCAGAAAGUAACCCGGUAACCCCUAUGCUGCGGCAUCUUAUGUACAAAAUCAAGUCUACCGGUCCCAUCACCGUGGCCGAGUACAUGAAGGAGGUCUUGACCAACCCAGCCAAGUGACAUCAAGGUGGAGAUAGUAAGUGAGCAGUUGGCCAUAAGAGUCUGGAGUCGUGGGAAAGAGUGGGCAUGCAUGUAUAAAUUUGGUCACCGUCACUGUAUAGCUGGCAUGAAAAUAAAAGGAACCUGGGAAAGCAUACUUAGAGAAGAGAACGUUUUUCAGGAGUAAGCCUUGAGGGCUAUUAUGUGAACCAUGACAUGCUAGGAGAAAAAGGAGAUUUCAUUACUUCACCUGAAAUAAGUCAGAUCUUUGGGGAGCUCCUAGGAAUAUGGUUCAUCAGUGAAUGGAUAGCCGCUGGAAAAAAUGCAGCUUUCCAGCUGGUGGAAUUGGGCCCAGGCAAGGGUACCCUCUUAGGAGAUAUUUUGAGGGUAUUCAGUCAGCUUGGAUCUGUGCUGAAAAACUGUGACAUUUCAAUACAUCUGGUAGAGGUGAGCCAAAAAUUAAGUGAGAUUCAAGCAUUAACGUUGACUGAAGAGAAGGUCCCAUUAGAGCGAAAUGGUGGAUCCCCCGUAUAUAUGAAAGGUGUCACUAAGUCUGGAAUUCCAAUUUCCUGGUACCGAGAUCUGCAAGAUGUUCCAAAAGAGUACAGCUUUUAUCUUGCACAUGAAUUUUUCGAUGUUCUUCCUGUGCAUAAGUUUCAGAAAACACCACACGGAUGGCGAGAAGUACUUAUUGAUAUUGAUCCACAGGUUUCUGAUAAACUGAGAUUUGUUUUGGCACCUUGUGCCACCCCAGCAGAAGCCUUCAUACAGUGUGAUGAAACAAGGGAUCACGUGGAAGUGUGUCCUGAUGCUGGUGUUAUCAUUCAGGAACUUUCUCAACGCAUUUCACUAACAGGAGGUGCUGCCCUGAUUGCUGAUUAUGGUCAUGAUGGAACUAAGACAGAUACCUUCAGAGGCUUUUGUGGCCACAGGCUUCAUGAUGUCUUAAUUGCGCCGGGAACAGCAGACCUAACGGCUGAUGUGGACUUCAGUUACUUGUGCAGAAUGUCCCAGGGGAAAGUAGCUUCUCUGGGUCCAAUAAAACAGCAAACAUUUUUAAGAAAUAUGGGCAUUGAUGUCCGACUGAAGAUUCUUUUAGAUAAAUCAGAUGAGCCAUCAUUGAGGCAGCAGUUACUUCAGGGGUAUGAUAUGUUAAUGAAUCCUACGAAGAUGGGAGAAAGAUUUAACUUUUUUGCCUUGAUACCUCAUCAGAGACUUAAUGGUAGAACUCAUCAGAUGAAUGCAUGUCAGUCAAAACCCUCUCCAUCACCUGUAGCUGGGUUUGGUGAACUUACUUGGCGGUGAUAUUACAGUUUGGACUUCUUUAUCCCCAAGUUGGCCUAAGAAAUUAGAGUAAAGGGAACACAUUUUAUAUGUCACAGGUAAAAUAAGUAUUAAAAUAUCUCUUCACAGCCAAUAAAAAUAGCCCAAUACAGUACAACUGAAAAUUGAUCUUUUAAGAUUGUGUUUGAUUCUUUUUUUUUAUUUUUUUUUUUAUUUUUUUGGGGGUACACCAAGUUCAAUCAUCUGUUUUUAUACACAUAUCCCUGUAUUCCUUCCCUUCCUUGACUCCCCCCCGAGUCCCCCCCACCCUGAUUCUUGGUACAAAUGUGUGUUCUCAGUUUAAUGAGACAAAUUAUUAUUGAGUUUCCUCUAAUUAAUAAAGCUAGUUGCUGUAUUUUUAUUUUAAAAAGUAAACAUGAAUGCUGAUUGGUUUAAUAACAACUGGAAAUAAAUGGCCAUUCACAGGGGGCUGAUUAAAUUGAACUAUCCAUAUACUGUUUUUAAAAUGAAGUAGAGUAGUGUUACGACAGAAAGAUUGCUAAGAUUUAGUAAGUGAGAAAAGCAUUUAGUAAGUUGAAAAAGUGAAAAAAGGGUACAAAAGUUUUGUACUUAUGAUUCCAUUUUUGUUGGAGAAAAGCUAUAUUUAAAGAAAUGCUUAGAAUUUCUCAGCAAUUAAAACACUAAAUGCAGACUGGUUGUUUUCUGUUUAAGUGAUAUUUACUUGUAUAUAAAAAGUAAGGAAGGGAUGCCCAAUAACUACUAGUUAAUAAAGAGACUGUCUUGUCUAUUGUAUAUUCUUUCCUCCUUUGUCAUAGAUUAACUGACCAUAGGUGUGUGAGUUUAUUUCUGGGCUCUCUGUUCUGUUCCAUCGAUCUAUAUGUCUGUUUUUGUGCCAACGUGCUGUUUUGAGUACUGUAGCGUUGUAGUGAAGUCUGAAGUCAGGGAGCUUGAAACCAUCAGAGUUGUUCUUUUUUCUCAAGAUUGUGCUGGGAAUUUGGGGUCUUUUGUGGUUCCAAAUUCCUUCAUUGGUGUUUUAUAGUUGUCAGAGUAUAGGUCUUUCAUCUUACUGGUUAUUCCUAGAUGUUUUAUUCUUUUUGAUGCGAUUUUAACUGAGAUUGUUUUCAGGCUUUCUGAGAGUUCAUUAUUAGUGCAUAGAAAAGCAACAGAUUUCUAUAUAUUAAUCUUGUCUCCUGCAACUUUACUGAAUUCAUUUAUUAGUUCUAAUAGUUUUUUGGUAGAGACUUUAGGGUUUUCUAUGUACAGUUAUCAUGUCAUCUGCAAAUAGAGACAAUUUUAUUUCUUCCCUCCCAAUUUGGAUUUUAGAGGAGAGGUUUUCAGUUUUUCACUAUUGAGUAUGGUUAAGUGUCCUUUAUUAUGUUGAGAUAUGUUCCCUCUAAAUCAACUUGUUGAGUUUUUAUCAUAAAUGACUGUUGAAUUUUGUCAGAUGCUUUUUCUCUAUUGAGAUGAUCAUGUGAUUUUCAUUCUUUUUUUAAUGUAGUGGAUCACACUAAUUGAUUAGCAAAUAUUGAACCAUCCCUGUGUCUGUGGAAUACAUCCCACUUGAUCAUGGUGUGUGAUCCUUUUAAUAUAUUGUGGUGUUCAGUUUGCUAAUUUAUGAGGAUUUUUGCAUCUAUAUUCAUCAGAGAUAUUGGCUGGUAAUUUUCUUCUUCUGUAGAGUCUUUAAAUGAUUUUGGUACUAGGGUAAUGGUGGCCUUGUAGAAUGAAUUUGGGAGUCUUCUGUUCUCUUCAGUAUUUGGAACAGUUUGAGAGGGACAGGUAUUAGCUUUUCUUCAUAUGUUUAGAAUUGCCCUGUGAAGCCUGAACUGUGGUUUGCUGGGAGGUUUUUUAUUAAUUACAAAUUCAGUUUUACCACUAGUGAUUGGUCUGAAUUGUUCAGAUUGUCUGUUUUCUUAAUUCCAUCUUGGCAGGUUGUAUAUUUCUAGAAAUUUGUCCAUUUCUUCUAGGUUAUCCAAUUUGUUGGUAUGUAACUGUUUGUAGUAUUCUCUUGUUUUGGGGGGUUUUUUUGGUUUUUUUGUAUCUCUACAGUAUCAGUUGCUGUUUCUCCUCUUUCAUUUAUUUUGUUUUUGGGGUCCUCUCUUUUUCCUUCUCAAUGAGCCUGGCUAAAGGUUUCUCAAUUUUAUCUUUUCAAAAAACCACCUCUUGGUUUCACUGAUGUUUCCUAUUGUUUUUUUGGUCUCUAUUUAUUUCCUCCCUUAUAAUUAUUAUUUCCUUCCAUCUACUAACUUUGGGCUUUGUUUGUUCUUUUUCUGAUUCCUUUAAAUGGUAGGUUAGGUUAUUUAUUUGAAAUUUUUAUUUUUUCCUGAGGUAGGCCUUAUAUUGCUGUGAACUUCAAAAAUCACUAUUAAAUUUCCCAGUCUGGUUUGAGGGGUAGGAAAAGACUUAUUUACUUUUUAAUUUAUUCUCCUCUUUGGUAUUUGAAAUUUUUUUUUACCAUAUGCUUCUAUGAAUUUUAUAAUUAAAAGCAAAAUCAGAUUAAAAAAUCUAAAAAGUCACAGCAAAACCAAUAAACCUAACGUACUUAAAAUACGAGAUAGAGUAAACCCAGACUACUUAGGAACAAUAAUUUUCUCAAUUGAGGUAAUUCUCUCUUAUUUUCAGAUAACUGUCAAGAUUUAGUUCUAUAAGUUCUCAUUUUUUGGCUCACAAAACUUUUAUUAGUACCAGACAUAUGGAUUUUCUGAAGAAUUGUUAUAUUAGCAACACAAAUUUGUGAAAUUAAAGGAAAAGAAUACUAGCUAUAUGUCUUGAAUUUAUAGUUUAACUAUAUUGGAAAUUCAUUGGCAGAGCAAUGAAUGGUUUUUUUUUUUUAUUGCUUCUUUGGCUUAACUGAGAACAGGACUAGCAUUCUCUUAGAAGACGGAGGCUGUCCAGUUUUGGGCCAUUCCUAGCCACCCUUAAAGACUUGGUUGGAGAAUUUUUAGAAGGUGAAAAUGCCUAUAGUUGGCCCUUCCCAAUUAUUUAAUAGUUAUUAAAUAAUAUUUGAUAUUUAACAAUUAUUUAACAGUCUUUAUGAUUAAGGGGAAAGAGUCAGGCGAUGCUUGUUAAAACCUAGAAAAUUUACUUUGGUAUUAGGUAGUUAAGUCUUUCGGCAGUUGCAGUAGUUGAAUGUUUGAUGGUAGUUUCUGAAAAACUUAUAAUUAUUCUGAACUUUCAUUCCAAGAAAUGAGACCUUGAGGUAAUUA